AUUGAAUGGUUAUGUAAAUUUAGGAUUCACAAAAGACACUUGAUAAAGAAAAGAUACAAAAAGGUCUUCAGCUGAAGUUUUUUUUAACACACUGCUGAUUGACUGUUAAAUACAAGAAGUUGGCAAUGACUGGAAGGAUUGAGUUACAAAACCUUAAAUUCAACGCGUAUUCUCGCCUAUDAUCCAUCAUGGGCCAACCUGGGUUUUUCASCUUCACGWUUAUUAUUCUUUUUGUUUAUUUUAUAUCUGGAAAUGUUGUCUCUACAGUCRCUAAAAAMCACAUUCGUUUUGCCGUGGAUGAGAACAUUCUAAAACAACUACAAUCGCAUAAAUCUCAGGACUACUUCAAAGAGAACAGUGAGUCUGCGUUUAUAAGAAAUAUCCGAAAUGUUGGAAAAAGAACAGUSCUUGAUAAUAAAGAAUUAUUAAACGAAUAUUUUUCAACAAAGCCAACAAAGGUGAAUAAAAACAGAAAAGAUGGACCACAAAAACGACAAAUAAUCGCCCCUGGUUAUUAUGAGGCCGAGUGUUCAGAUAAAAAGCCUUGUAAAUCAGGCAAAUACUGUAAUCUUUUAUACUGUGAAGACUGCCAUAAAGAGAAGACAGCGUGUACUCGUAAACAACAGUGUUGUAGCGGUAUGGUUUGUACGUUUGGAAGAUGUGAGAAAAAGGCCAAAGGAGAUCCAGG